GGGAGGAGCUGCCCCUUCGCACACCCCGAGCCAGCGGCUCCGGGACCCAGCGCCCAGCAGGGAGGGGGGCCGGCAGCAUGCCCAGCAUCCCCUCGGCCCGCGGGGCACCUGUCGGGGGCAGCUCGGCCGGCCCGCGGGCACCCAGCCGGCGCCGUGGAGCGCAGCGCGCAGGGGGAGGCAGGUGAAUCAGGUGCCUGGCGGGAGAGCGGCGGGGCCAGGCGAUGGGCGACCGGCCGCAGACGGGGGGCAGGAGAGGGGCCAGCCCGCAGCCCCCCAAGGAGCGGCCCGGCAGAGGUACGGAGCCCCCCGGGCGGCGGCGGGGGUCCCGGCGCAGACCCCUGCGCGCCCUGGGCAGCCUGGUCAGCCGCCUGCUGAAAACUUUGAGCGCCUUGUCGCACUUGGGAGGUGGGAGCCGCCGGGGGGGCGCGGAGCCGGAGGACGAUGAGGGGGGGUUCCGGUGCCCACCGGGCCCCCCGCCGGCCGGGCCCCCCGGGGCAGCCCAGCCUGAGGAGCAGGUCGGGGGAGGCAGCGGCUGGCCGGAGGCGCGGCGCUCCUGGAGCCCCCCGGGGGGCGCGGCGGAGGGGCGGCCCCCGGGGCGCAGGGGCUGAAGAACCACGGCAACACGUGCUUCAUGAACGCUGUGGUGCAGUGCCUGAGCAACACCGACCUGCUGGCCGAGUUCCUGGGCCUGGAGCAGUACCGUGCCCGCGGCGUGCCCGGAGAGGUCACCCAGCAGCUGGCAGCCCUGGUCCGGGCGCUCUGGACACUGGACUAUACCCCGCAACUCUCCGUGGAGUUCAAGAAUAUCGUUGCCAAGUAUGGCGCUCAGUUCCGGGGGAACUCGCAGCACGACGCCCUGGAGUUCCUGCUCUGGUUGCUGGACAGAAUGCACGAGGAUCUGGGCUCCUCGUCACCCAGCCAGAAGGCUAGGACAGCGGGCAAGCCCCAGCCCAGUCUCGACGAGAGCUGUGGCUCUGGCAGCGCCCAGCCAGCCGCCCAGCCUCCCAGCAGACAGAGCUUCGUGCAGAACCACUUCCAAGCACAGUACAGGUCCUCCUUGACCUGCCCACACUGUCUGAAGCAAAGCAACACCUUUGACCCCUUCCUGUGUGUCUCGUUACCCAUCCCCCUGCGCCAGACCAGGCCCUUGAAUGUCACCUUAGUCUUCCAGUCCAAGAGCCAGCGGUUCCUGCGGAUAGGUUUAGCGGUGCCCCUCUUCAGCACCGUGGCGACCCUCAGGGCAAUGGUGGCAGAAGAAGGCAAAAUCACCCCCGAUCAGGUGAUCCUGGUGGAGCUGUCCCCCAGCGGGUUCCAGCGCUCCUUCCACGAUGAGGAGGAUCUGAACGCCAUCGCGGAGGGCGACAGCGUCUACGCCUUCCAGGCCCCGCUGCCCUUCAGCAGAGGCAGCUCAUCCCGGCUCUCAGGCUGCCCCCUCAGCCUUCCAUCUUCCCCCAACUCCUCUGAUCCUGAAGGCCAGCGACUGCCCCACGCCGGGGCCAUGUCCUCGGAGUUCUUGCACCAUGGCGGAGGCGGGAGAGUGCUGCUUCUCCUCUGUAACACAGCAGGGACGGGGCAGCAGGCUGCCAGGUUUGGCCCCCCGCUGCUGACGAGAGAAGACAGAGCCAUCUCAUGGGAGCAGCUCCAGCAGUGUAUCCUCAGCAAGAUGCGCUACCUGAUGAGGAACGAGGCUCAGGUACAGGGCGUGGGGGACCUGUUCCGGGUGCGGGUUGCCGGGGGCUCCGUGGCAUGCAGCUACCUCUCCCCUCAGGACGGCAGGCCGCUCUACCACCCUGCAGUCGACAGAGCGCUGCAGUUCGGCGGCCUGGGCGGCCCCCCCCACGUGAAGCUGGUGGUGGAAUGGGAUCCGAACACCAAAGAACGUCUGUUUGGCAGCAUCCAGGAGGAGGUGGUGCAGGACACCGAGAGCGUCCGGCUGCAGCAGCAGGCCCAUCAGCAGCAGCACAGCUGCACACUGGAUGAGUGCUUCCAGCUCUACACCAAGGAGGAGCAGCUGGCCCCCGACGAUGCCUGGAGGUGCCCCCACUGCCAGGUGCUGCAGCAGGGCGUGGUGAAGCUGAGCCUGUGGACGCUGCCCGACAUCCUCAUCAUCCACCUGAAGAGGUUCCGCCAGGUGGGCGAGCGCAGGACCAAGCUCUCCACCCUCGUCCGCUUUCCCCUCCGCGGCCUCAACAUGGCGCCCCACGUGGCCAAGAGGAGCCAGGCCGGGACGCAGGCACUGGGCCCAUGGGCGACAUGGAAGCAGCUGCCGUACCUCCACGAGAGCUCCCAACUCGAGUCGCUCUACGACCUGUACGCCGUCUGCAACCACCAUGGCAGCAUGCAGGGUGGACACUACACCGCCUACUGCAGGAACUCCCUGGACAGCCGCUGGUACAGCUACGACGACAGUGCUGUGGAGCCAGUUCUGGAGGACGAGGUCAGCACCCGGGGCGCCUACAUCCUCUUCUACCAGCGAAGGAACAUCAUCCCCAGCUGGUCUGCCAGCAGCUCUGUGCAAGGCUCCACCAGCUCCUCCGUGUCGGAUCACUGGCUCUCGCGGCUCAGCGGGAGCAGCAAGAGGGAGAGCCUGGUGUCCCGGAGCUCCACGGCCUGCCCCUCCCUCCCGAAGGUCCCCGACUCGCCCGUCUUCCUCGACACCGCAACCAGCCAGGAGAAAGGAGGCUUUGAGUCGAGGCCCCUGGUGCGCGGCAUUCAGGGGCGCAGCGUCAGCAUGAAAGUGUCCCCCACCAAGACCAAGCUGGGGGCCACCAAGCCAGUGCCCCUCCGUUGGUCCUUUGCAGCCAGAGACAGGCCACAGGCUGCGUCCGGGGAGCUGGUGGAAUACCUGGAAUCUGGGCGCAGGCCCCGGUACACCAACGAGUCCAUCGUCCCCCUCAUGACAGGGGGCAGCGAGAACACCCCGGUGCCGGCAAGGCCUCCGCAGAACCCGGCCGCGGCUGGGAAGGACCAAGGGGCCGGCAGGGCUGGUAGGGCGAGUGGGAAUUCCCCAGGUGCUGUGGGGGGUGCUGCAGAGAGCCACGGCAAAGCGUCCCCAGCCACCGAGAUGGCCGGGACCCUGAAGAGGAGCAGCAAACCAAAGGAGGAGGCGGGCCAGCCGCAGAGGACAUCCAAGAAGCUAGAACUGCCCGUCAACGCGGGGGCCCCCUGGAAAGCUGAGGAGCCAAAGACCAACGGGAGCAAAGUGAACUCCAAUGGGGCGGCCCGCGCGGGCACCCUGCCCCACCCACACCGCUCCCAGAGGGCCAGAGGGGCACCGGGCAGGGACGGGGACCACGACCAAAGAACCCCCGCCAAGCCCGGGGAGCACGGCAGGGACAGGGACCCCGAGGCCGAGAGGCAGCUGGAAGGGAAGUUCACCAUCUUCAGGGCUGGCUUCCUGAAGAAGGAGCCCAAGCAGCCUGGCGAGUCAGAGCGGCCCCACGCCUCGGAGCCAGCCAUGGGCUCCUCCCGGACGUCGCUCUCCAAUGGCACCCUGAGCAUCAUCAGUGAGGGCAGGGCCAACGGCACACUGGGCCGGCGGGGCAAGGAGGGCCAGGCCAAUGGCAGGAUCAGCCGGUCCGAGGUGGACAUCAAGCGCUCGCAGAGUUCCGCCAGCAUCCACAGCAAGGCCGACUGGGCGCUGCGCAGGUCGGCCUCCCUCUACAAGAACGGCAGCAGCGGCCACCAGCACAGCCGCAGCGUGCCACUGGAGAAGGUGGCCUGUGGCACCUUACAGAGGGUCAAGUACCACACGGCCUCCCUGGGCAGGAAGAAACCAGUGCCUGAAUCCAGCUUCUAACCCGGAGCUGCUGGGGGCUGGAGGACGAGCGCGGCUACUGCUAUAAGCCAGGGCAACCAGGGUCGGAGAGAGGAAAUGGACAAACCCAGCGGGAGGCUGCAAGGGGCUGUGAUGUCCAUUGAGGCCGCGUUGGUCUGAUCUCUGGGUUCCCAGGUCCCGCUGGGGCUGGGUCCAGUUCUCCUUCCCUAGGAUUGCUAAGGGAGCCGUCUUCUGCCGUGCCCCUGAUGCCUGGUCUCUCUCGAGUGUGUAGGGGACGGGGCUCCCUGCACAACCCAUGCCUUAAUAGGACAGCACCCAGCACAGGGCUGCUGAGAUCGGGGGCGGGGAAUGAGCGGCGGGGAGAACAGAGGAAGAGUAUUUAUUCUAUACGCAGAGAGAGUUUUAUUCACGCAGCGUCAACGACGCUUUUUGUUUUGUAAAAGGCGACUAUUUUUCGUACCAAGGA